AUGGCGUCUGGUACGGACGCUAUGCGAAAGCAGCAAGAUCUGCAAACCCAAUACACCAACUACAAGAACACACUCCAAAGUCUGGCGCAGAAAGUAGGUGAAAUCGAACAGGAGAUCGACGAACACAAGCUCGUUACCGAAACACUACAGCCACUACCCAAGGAUCGGAAAUGCUUCAGACUGAUCAACGGAGUGCUCGUCGAGCGUACAAUCGCAGAUGUGCUACCCGCGCUCAACACGAACUCUGAUGGCCUGAAGCAAGUACUCGACGAGCUGGUCAAGCAGUACAAGGGAAAGCAGGAUGAGAUGGACAAGUGGAAGGCAAAAGAAGCACAACAUACAAGUCGUGCAGAAUUAGCCGUUGAAUACAGUGCGACAUACGCAUUGGAAGUUGCGAAAGGCGUCUGUGCGAGAUCCCAGCCACACUCUGGAACGUCUACAGACGACCUGAUCUUCGAUGAUACACUAAACAAAGCGUUGUAUCGCCACGGAACUAUCGGUAACCUCCUGCGAGCAGCGGCCAAAGGUCGUCAGGGAAUCGUGAAGCUGACUCAGUUUUCGUCAGACAGGAGGGGCUUCGGUACUGGUUCUGACCUGACUGUUGCGUGGUAG